ACCCAAUGGAAUCAAUGGGGACAUUAAAGCGUCUACAGAGACUGGUGAGGACCAAGAAAACCAGGGCACAGAGUGUGGAUGAGGUGAAACCCACAUUAAUAAAUCUCCAAAAUGAAGAUGACACAUUGAUUUCCUGUAUGAAACUAAGCAGAUCUCAAGAAAAGAAAGCUAAUAAUUUUAGCACAAGGAGGAGGGGAGAAAUGGAAAUUAGACCAGAGUCUCAUCCUAUAUCUGUGGAUCCAUCCAGCACUUCAAAUGAAUGCAACUUGGAAGACAUAUUAUCUUAUCAUGAAGGCGAAGUUCAGAAGUGGAACAUCUGGAAGUCUUUUCCAGAAAAUCUGUUCUGGACUGGCAUUGACUUCCAAAUUGCCCAAGCUGGAUCCUGGGACAACUGCUCCACUUGCACUCACCACUCACGUCUCAAAUCUUCUCACACAGAUAUGGAUCUCUUACAUUCAUGGCGCAGCAGCAGUUUUGGAAAUUUUGAUCGUUUUCGGAAUAAUUCCAUAUCAAAACCAGAUGAUUCAACUGAGGCGCCUGAGUGGGAACCCACAACUGAAAGUGGAGAACAAAAUAAAACUUCAAGUAAUGGAGGAGGUCUAGGGAAAAAAAUGAGAGGCAUUUCAUGGACCAUGAAGAAAAAAGUGGGUAAAAAGUACAUUAAGGCCCUUUCUGAGGAAAAGGAUGGGGAAGAUGGAGAGGAUGCCCUCCCAUGUCGGAAUAGUGACCCCGUGAUUGGGACUCACACAGAGAAAGCCUCCCUCAAAGCCAGUGACUCCAUGGAUAGUCUCUACAGUGGGCAGAGCUCAUCAAGUGGAAUAACAAGCUGUUCAGAUAGUGCAAGUAACCGAGACAGCUUUCGACUGGAUGAUGAUGGCCCCUACACAGGACCAUUCUGUGGCCGAGCCAGAGUGCAUACAGAUUUCACUCCAAGUCCCUAUGACACUGAUUCCCUCAAAAUCAAGAAAGGAGAUAUCAUCGACAUCAUCUGCAAAACACCAAUGGGCAUGUGGACGGGAAUGUUGAACAAUAAGGUGGGAAACUUCAAAUUCAUUUAUGUGGAUGUCAUCUCAGAAGAAGAAGCAGCCCCCAAGAAAAUAAAAGCACACAGAAGGAGUAAAAAUGAAAAACCCAAGACCCUGCAGGAGUUCUUAGAGAGGAUUCACCUUCAGGAUUAUACCUCAACACUUCUGCUCAAUGGUUAUGAGACCCUAGAAGAUUUAAAGGAUAUAAAAGAGAGUCAUCUCAUUGAAUUAAAUAUUGAAAACCCAGAAGAUAGGUUGAGGUUACUAUCAGCUGCUGAAAGUUUCCUUGAUGAAGAAAUUAUUGAAGAACAAGAAAAUGAAUCUGUGCCCCUAUCUUUAAGCCCAGACAUUUCCUUAAAUAAGUCACAGUUAGAUGACUGCCCAAGGGACUCUGGUUGUUACAUCUCAUCAGGAAAUUCAGAUAAUGGCAAAGAAGAUCUAGAGUCUGAAAAUCUGCCUGACAUGGUACAGAAGAUGACUAUCACAGAGCCAAGUGACUGAACACAUAUUCUCAACUAUGUAUCUACAGAUGCUAUCCAUUUUAAUUCUUCUUGUGCUACAUGAUCACAUGGAGGAAAAAAGAUGUUUGUAAAUACAACCCAACGUUAAAAUGUUUUAAUCUGAGGUUAUUGUACAUAAGAGUUCAUAGCUCUAACUUUCCUAAUUAUUAUAUAUUUGUAUACAUUAAUAAAAAUGUAUAUUUAUUUUAAAUACUAUUUGUUAAUAUUUCAUUUGCCUCUGUUAGAGAAGGUACAAUGUAAGACUUUUCUGUGUGAUAUAUGCUUUAUUAGACUUUAUUUUAUAAGUGAAGAGGAUAAAAGUGGAAAAAAAAACCUACUUUUUUUUACCUGUCAGUUUUGAAUUUGUGCAUAAUAGUGAAUAAAUAGUUUUACAGGGUAUUUCUGUUGAAUCAAUUUGUCCAAGCAGAAUCUAAAUUCAUUGUUGCAUUUAUUAGAAUGUGUGAGUUAAUAUUGGAGACAUUUUAUCCUGAUCCACAGUAGAAUUUUAGUAAUUAUUUGUGUUGCUUUCUUCACUCUGUUAUCUGGUAUAAAAAUAUAGAGAACAAUAUGUUAUCACUCUUGAUUUAACAAGAUUAAUGUUAAUAAUUGUGAAGAUGUUUUCAAAUGUUAAUGUUUUUAAUUUUUAUAUUUCCUAAUGUUAAUAAUAAAAAGAAUUAUAUGCAU